AAAGUUGACAGUGAAUUUUGAUAAAUGUCAAAAACACAAGGAGUUAUCAAUAGAUUUUUCUUUAGUAAAUUUUUAUAAAGAUUCCGUAAGAGAUUUUUAAUUUGUAUAGAUAAAAUUACAAGUUUUAUAGCAAUCUUAAUAAAUUUAUCGUGAUUUUUGAAUAAUUUCCCUGAAAUAAUCCUGGUGGGAGAACAUGAAUUUAAGCUUCAUCCCCUUAAUCCUGAAAUAUUUUCUACUAAUAAGUUUCCUGAUUGUCUUUGGGGUCUUCAGCUUUUUCGCGAGACUCCUCUUCGUUUAAGAAACGAAAAAAGUUUGUGUUAUCAUUUUUUGUUUCAUUUUUUUUUGGCAAAGAGUUUGAGAAUAAAGACGAUGUGAGGGCCAUCCCGUAUGAGUUGAACAAUAUUUUUGUGAGAUAAGACAAAAAAGGGUUGAUUUCUGUGAGAACAACAAAAGGACACGAAGAGAAUGUGAGGGAAAGCAAAAGGAAGCAAAGAAAAAUUAUGGCUCAGCGAGUACUGAGGGAUGCCCUGUACGAAAGGCAGUAUCCUAGUCUAGACUUUUCCACUCGUUCCCAGUCGCACUCGAUUAAUUUAAUCACAGAGGACUUCCUCUCCGGGUACCAGCACGAUGGACGAAUGUCCGUCAUUAGGCGCUUUUUCUGCCUGUUUGUCACCUUUGAUUUAGUCUUCAUAGCCCUCCUGUGGCUCAUCUGCGUCAUGAUUACGGGUGAUAACAUUUACAAUGCACUUCGGACGCAAGUUCUUCACUACACCAUCUAUACAUCCCUCUUUGACAUUGUUAUGGCUGCCAUUUGUCGCUUCGUGGUCCUCAUUCUCUUCUAUGCCAUCCUUUACAUUAAUCACUGGAUCAUCAUCGCGGCCUCAACAUCAGGCUCCUGUGCAUUUCUUAUAUCCAAAGUCUUUGUCUACGACUGGGCAGAUUCUCCCCAGCCAGUCUUUCAGGUUCUCCUGAUUGUGAUCUCCUUCGUGAUAGCCUGGGGUGAGGCAUGGUUCCUGGAUUGCCGCGUGAUUCCGCAGGAGCAGCACGCACGCAGCUACCUGUCUGCCAUAUCUUCCACCCUAGACGACAGAGGGCCUCUCCUGGCACCAUUUCUUGCAGCCUCCACGGGUACAGGUCGUCACACCGAGAGUAUAGCCAAUUUCUACUCUCCAUACGAAUCCAUCCACAAUAGUGAUGAUGAAGGAGACAAGGAUGAGGAAUACAAAAGGAUGGCUCUGGAGUGUGUUAAAAAGGCCUACGAGCUCAUUGAGAGUGGAGAUUGGGAAGUAGAAAAAGUAACACCAAGUUCAGAUACAAUUCAAAGUAUUAAACGUGAUAGAUUAGGAAAAGUUUACAAAUUAACGGGACGUGUGAAUACUAAUGCGCAAAAGCUCGUUGAGGAUCUUUUUGGGAAUAUUGAGGAAAUGCCCAAAUGGAAUCCCACCCUGCUGGAGUCGCGAAUCAUCCACCGCAUCGACCCACGCACAGAUAUCUCGUACCAAGUUUCAGCUCCUGGUGGGGGUGGUUUUGUCAAGAGUCGGGAUUUUGUGAAUUUACGCUCGUGGGAAACAUACGAGGAUGGGCGUUUGGUGCAGGAUGAGGAUCAGUCUCUGUAUCCGCGUGGGCGAUUGGCCACGGUGCAGGAACAGUCUGAGGGUGAAAGUUCCGUGAGGAGUGAACCACCACCGAAGGCACGUGGAAGUGAGGAUGAGGCCUUCCAGAAGAGAGCUCCCAUGUCACUGAGUCAGAGUUUAGGGGCUAAGAACUUUGGGGGUACGCCGAGGCAUUCAGGGCAGGAGAAUAUGGAUGAUGGGGGUGAGGAAGCAAAAUUCAGCGAUGCUCAAGAUUGGCCAAAUAGAUCUCUGCGGGUGUAUGUAAGUGCUGCCGUUGGGGUGGAUUAUCCUGGGUAUGCUGCUACGUCGAAGUAUGUGAGGGGUGAAAAUCUGAUAUCAUGCUACGUAACACGUGAGAUUCCUGGUGAUGAAGAUUCGUGCAUUUUUGAGUGGUUACUGUGUCUGGAUCUAAAAGGCUACAUCCCCAAAUCUAUCCUUGAAGCUGCCUAUACAACCAUGAUGCAGGACUUCAUGAAGUACCUUCGGAAUUACUGCGAAAAGGAACCCAAACAGAUGGAUUAAGUGCCUCAGAAGACAUCCAAAUUUUUUCCAAGUUUCUUUUCCAUUUUUCACAAGAUCACAAAAAAACGAGGAACAAUCCAAAAUUUUAGUGGUACUUUGUAAUGACAAUUUUUAUUGAUAUACCAUGAGUGAACAUUUCAAAAUGAUUGUGAUUGCAUUAAAAUAUGUAAUAGCUGUAGUGAGGAGGGAUGGGGAUGUAAAUGCGUGCAAAGAAGGGUUAAAAAAAGAAAAGAUUUAAGUCAUAAUUAACCAUCCAAAUAUAAACAUUUUUGCAGAAGUCUAUUUACACCAAGAAAAUCAUUUUUUUUAUAUGAGUUUAUCCGCUAAUAAAAUAAUAAGACUUUUUAGUUUUAUUGCAAUACAAAAUGCAUUAAAAA